AUGCCUUCCUACGUCGUCACUGGUGCCUCUCGUGGUCUCGGGCUCGAAUUUGUUCGUCAGCUGAGCGCCAACAGGGAGAACACAGUUUUCGGACUGGUUCGCAACCUUGCUGGCUCUCCCGCCCUGCUCGAGCUCCAGAAAAGCAGGAGCAACCUUCACGUUCUCAAGGCCGACAUUCUGGACCUUCCCGCACUCGAGGCUGCUGCCGCUGAUAUUGCAAAAAUUACCGGAGGCUCGUUGGACUAUCUGAUCAACAACGCUGCAUACGUCGAUGACGAGACGAGGGAAAUCUCUCUUGACGCCUUCCCUGACGAAAAGACGCUUGCAGAGGGCAUGCAGAAGUCGUUCAACGUUAACGUCAUCGGGGUACUCCACACUACCAACACGUUCCUGCCGCUCCUGAAGAAGGGCUCGGUCAAGAAGGUCGUCUCCUUGAGCACCGGCCUCGCCGACCUCGAGUUCACACGCGCCUCCGGGAGUGCCGUGCACGUCCCGUACUCCGUCUCGAAGGCUGCCCUCAACAUGGUGGUCGUGAAGUACGGUGCGCGCUUCAAGGACGAGGGGUUCACCUUCCUUGCGAUCUCCCCUGGCCUCGUCAACACCAGUCUGCGCCCUCCCACCCCGGAGGAGCUCGUAGGUAUCAAGCAGAUGGUCACGCAGUUCAUGUCGGCAGCUCCGGGCUGGAAUGGCCAGCCGAUCACGCCGGAGGUUUCUGUUAAGCACAUGCUCGACACGAUCCGUAAGACGACUGUCGCCGACACCGGCGCCUUCAUCUCGCACUUCGGUAACAAGCAAUGGCUGUAG